AUGCCCGUCAUCCGGCACAAGAGCGUCGACUACGUCGGCAUGUUCGAGUACAAGAAGGAGGACGAGGAGGCCCUCAUCCGCAGUCUCAUCUUCGCCGAUGUUGUCGUGCUGGCGAUGGCUGGUGAAUUCACCCUCGGUCCGCCAGACCUGCGACCGAAGACGGCGGCCGUCCUGCUGCCCGGCCUGCCCGCCUACAUCUUGUUCAUGUGCAUUCGACACACGGACCAUGUCAACGACGACGAGAAGGUGCGCCGCCUGCUGACGGCCGCCAUCAACGGCGUCAAGCGCGUGGUGAAGAAGCGACGCGACGACGCCGACUCGCUCGUCAUGUGGCUGGCCAACGUGUGCCGCCUGCUGCACAACCUCAAACAGCGUUCCAGUCGGAGAACACUGAGAAAGCAGAACGAGCAGUGUCUGAAGAGCUUCGACCUGUCCGAGUACCGCCAGGUGCUCUCCGACGUCGCAAUGUGGAUAUACCAGCUGGUGAUCAAGCUGCUGGAGGAGCGCGUGCAGCCGGUGGUGGUGCCGGCCGUGCUGGAGCACGAGGCCAUCGCCGGCCUGACGGGUCGGCCGGCCGGUAUCCGCGGUCGUGCCGGCUCCUCGUCCCGCCAGCUGGAGAGCCCCGUCAGCAGCGAGCACGCCCUGGACGCCCUGAUGGCCAGCCUGCGCAAGAUCUACCGCACGCUCUGCGAGCUCGGCGUCGACCCGGAGAUCACGGCGCAGGUCUUCAAACAGCUGUUCUACUCGAUAUGCGCGCACUCGCUGAACAACCUGCUGCUGCGCAAGGAGCUGUGCCACUGGACCAAGGGCAUGCAGAUCCGCUACAACCUCUCGCACCUGGAGCAGUGGUGCAGGGACAACCGGCUCCACCAGGACCAGGAGACGGGCGUCAUGGACACGCUGCAGCCCAUCAUUCAGGCGUCGCAGCUGCUGCAGGCGCGCAAAACCGAGGAGGACGUGUCGCGUGUUUGCGACAUGUGCGACAAGCUCACCUCUCCCCAGAUCAUCAAGAUCCUGAACCUGUACACGCCGGACGAAUACGAGGAGCGCGUACCGAUCAGCUUCAUUCGCAAGGUUCAGGACCAUCUGCAGAAGCACCGCGAGCCGGACACGGACAGCUCGGCGCGGCUGCUGAUGGACACCAAGUUCGCCUUCCCCGUGCGGUUCCCGUUCAACCCCUCCAACAUCCGGCUAGAGGACAUCGAGAUCCCGGACAUCCUCAACUUGCCCAUGCUGAAGAAGUUGUGAGCCGCUUACUGCGCCUACUGCGGUGGAGUCGGCUCCGGGACGGCGCCGACCGAGAGAUGGCGCCGUCGGCCCGCCGCCGCCGCCCGGGCGGAGGGCACUGCGCCACGCACGAGCGCGACGGGCGGUCACCACGCCGGCCGGUGCUGACGGACGGCCGCGGCCCGGCUGGCCCGCGCCGAUACGCCUGGGGUGUGUACCGAGGGGAAAUUACGCCGGCCCGGCGGCGGGCGCGCCAAUCGGCUCGGGCAGGCAACUAUUUAUGUCUAUUUAUGUUCUUUGUUAUCGAUAGCUUUAUCAUGGUUUGUUGAUUUUGCGGAGGAUCAGCUUCAGGUCUGUGGCAAUACUGUCGACGGCUGCUCUGCUCGCACGGGUGCUGUGCGAGUCGGCAGUGCGGCGCGUGUCUGGCCGGCGGUGCUCCGCAACGGGCAGCUAAUUCACGGGAUUCCACGACCCCGGCGGGCGUCAGCGAUGUAUGUUUCCCUCGUCUGCAACGGUCGACGAUUCAGUUACGGUCACAAUUGGAGCGCUUUUAUGAUUGGCAUGUGAUUUGACUCGCCGCGUGGCGCGGUCCGCCGCGUCGGCGUCGUCUCGUGCCUCUCCCGGCACGUUCAACGUGACAUUCCUUACGAUGUGAUAGCUGCUCUUUUAGAGAUCCCGCCCUCGUUUCGUGUUGCCCGCGCGGUGUCUACUUAGGCCUGCGUCGUUCAGCUCGGUUGGCGCGCGGACGCCAGCGGUCGGCGCCGUUGUUUUGUAACUGCCGGUCGGUGCCGGGGCCCUCCGCGUUAGCCUGCCGCUAUGUAGUGGAAUAUACAUGUGCUGCGA